AGCUUCCAGGCUUCAGAAGCUGCGGCCGCAGGACCGCCUCCUACCCGGGGCCGGAUUCCGGCCCCUCUGGCCAGGCCCACUGGACAUGGAGCUCCGACCAGCGCAUCCUGAGCCCCCGGCGCACUCCAACCUGCUCGUUAGGUUAGCGCUCAGCUUGGGGAGGGGACGGUGGAAGCUAGCAUGGUGAAAACCCCACAUCCUUUCCGCCCCAGGCCUCUCCAUCGCCCCGCGGUAGAGAGGUGGGAUGGAUGGGGAAGAUGUUUUUCUGACUCCUGGCUUUCUUUGCCUGCCUCUCACCGAGUGGAUGACCUUGAGCCGAGAGCGCUUCUUCUUUGCCUCUCCUUCCCCAUCUGAACAAUGGGGAUUGGUUUGGCAAGGUCUCUGAACCCACGGCCUUUAGGAUGGGACACGUUGUCACAUGCUUGGAGACUUUAAGGCUUUUGGUUACUGGGCCCAUUUUCCUUGACCUGGAUUUGUCUCUUGCCUCAGUUUCCCUCAUAUUCUGGGACCAGCUUCGAGCCUUUCUCAUCCCAAGCUCUGGAGACAGCAGCCUCCAGACUGCUGAGUGCAGAGACAGCAUGAAGGCCCGGGGCCGCCUUCUGCUCCUCAUACUAUGCUCCCUGACACUCUCCGCUCUCUAUGUCUUCCUGUGUUGCUGGGCCUGCCUGCCCCUCUGCCUGGCAACCUGCCUGGACCCCCACCUCCCUGCGCCCCCCAGAUCCACUGUGCCAGGGCCCCUGCACUUCAGGGGCUACAGCAGCGUGCCAGAUGGGAAGCCGCUUACCCGAGAACUGUGCCACAGCUGUGCGGUGGUGUCCAGCUCUGGCCAGAUGCUGGGUUCGGGCCUGGGUGCUCAGAUCGAUGGUGCGGAGUGCGUGCUCCGCAUGAACCAGGCACCCACUGUGGGCUUUGAGGAGGACGUGGGCCAGCGCAGCACUCUGCGCGUGAUCUCGCACACGAGUGUGCCGUUACUGCUGCGUAACUACUCACACUAUUUCCAGCAUGCCCGAGACACGCUCUACGUGGUGUGGGGCCAGGGCAGGCACAUGGACCGGAUGCUGGGCGGCCGCACCUACCGCACAUUGCUUCAGCUCACCAGAAUGUACCCAGGCCUGCAAGUGUACACCUUCACUGAGCGCAUGAUGGCCUACUGCGACCAGAUCUUCCAAGAUGAGACGGGCAAGAACCGGAGACAAUCAGGCUCCUUCCUUAGCACCGGUUGGUUCACCAUGAUUCUGGCCCUGGAGCUGUGCGAGGAGAUCGUGGUCUACGGGAUGGUCAGUGAUAGCUACUGCAGUGAGAAGAGUCCUCGCUCCGUGCCCUACCACUACUUUGAGAAGGGCAGGCUGGAUGAGUGUCAGAUGUACCGUUUGCACGAGCAGGCUCCGAGGAGCGCCCAUCGCUUUAUCACCGAGAAGGCUGUGUUCUCCCGCUGGGCCAAGAAGCGGCCCAUCGUGUUCGCCCACCCGUCCUGGAAGGCCAAGUAGUUCCUGUUGCCAGUGACCACCAGGCCUGUGACCCAUUCCAGGCCAGCUCGCUCCAGUAUAAACAUUUAUGACUUUCACCUUCUACCUGACACCAGGUCUCUGUUACCCAAUGCUGGGUGCACUUGGAGGAAUCUCAGGCCUUGUGACUUGAAGGGGAGUGGAGAGGGUGCCAUUCGUACCACCCCUGCUUCCAGAAGAAUCCACUUCAUCUUGGGGUUUGUCCCACCUCCAGGUUGUUUAAGUGGCCUUUGUCCUGGGGCCGAUGACCCCACCUCACCAGCAUUAUGGCUUCGUAACAGUCUUCAUCUUUCUUCUACCUAUCUCCAGCCACAUGGUGCCAUGUUCUCAGGCUGGUGGCCCUGGUUGGUGCACUCUGGAAUUUGGGAUUUGAUGGGCAUGAGGGUGUUUGCGCGUCAGCCUCCCAGGACUGUCUCGGGAGUGUGCCAGUGAAUGCAUAUUUUCUGGACACUAUCUAUGUGGUAACAGGCGUGGGAUGGCGAUUAGGACACAGGCCUGUAACUUGUUCGCUGGAGGGCAGACUGAACCCUCCAGCUCUUCCCUAGGCCCACGGCUGCCUGCUCUUCCUGCAUUGUCUAGACAUCAGCCCCAGCAUCCCACAAACUUGGCCUUCUUACGGUCUGACCACAGGACUGUGCAAGCCUAGGAAAGCCACCUUGCCCCCACUUGGCAGGCAUAGAGCAGUGCCUGGGCGAACUCAGGGUGAGAAAGAAAUUCCACCCAACGCCACUGACCUGCCCCAUGAGUCAGAUUCCAAAGUCUUUGCCAGUCAAGCUGUCUCUUACUGGGGGACUUGGUUCCUUUGUAAAACAGAAGGCGGAACGCAGCUUAGGGUGGGUGCUACAUGGGAAGGAGUGACCUCAGGGCCAGCCCGUUCUCUGAAUUUUGCUUUUCAGUGCUAAAACACAGCCACCAUCCUGCUCUUAAGGAAGGUGUGAUGCUAUCCUGAGGAGGGAGCUGGUGCUUAUUUCAUACAGAUGGUGUAUCCCGGGCUAGCUUUCUCGAGGUGGCUGAGCUAGGAUGCUGUCAGGCUCCAGAGAGCACUACCUGUGCUCUUUGGAAGACUGAAGAAUGGAGCCCUGGGCUCUCAGCUUCAGAGUUCAGGACCUUCUGGGUGUAACCUGUGCAGUCCCCCAGAGCCCCGUACUUAGCCUAAUCUUUCCUGCUACAAACUUGAAAUUCCUUAUUUUAAGCUUUGGUUUUGUUUUGUUUUGUUUUUAAUGAGGAACCUCUCAGGUUCCUUUUGUACCAGAUCCCACAAAUGACAGAACCGAUCAUGCUAAGGACUCUGGUGACCUAGCCCACUCUCCCUCCUACCCAUUUCCCCAGGAGUGACUAGAGACCUGGCAUCUGGCCCACAACACUGCCCUUGCUCCCAUCCAGUGUCAGGUGGCCCUGAAGCCUCAUGAGUGGGAAGGAAAGCAGAGAGGGAAAGCUCUGAGCCAGGGAUGCAGGCUGGAAGCCAAGCCAUUUCCUCAGAUCUGGUGGUGUCGAGGGGCUGUGAGUAGGAACAGGGCAUCAGUGCGUAUCGGGUAAGACGGGGGUUCCUGGCAACAGGCCUGACCCCACUUUCCCUGGCAAUAAAGACGGUAGACUAGCUCCUACCUCACAAGAUUGCGUGAGUUCAAAGAUGCUGGGGUACCCCUGGGGCUUCGAACACACUUGGCUCUCAGUGUCCAGAAGCCGCCAUUUAAAUGGGGUGGCCUCUGCCUGGGUGGUCCUGCCCCACCCUGGUAUAGGUGGUAUCAAUGCAAAAUAAUGACAACAACAAAAUAAUAAUAAAAAGUUCUCAUCCCAGCGGGAA